AUGGCCGGUACCGAUCUAGCAGCAACCACCCUCCGCGUUGCUAUCCUAUACAUACUCACACAGCCACAAGCCCACAUGAGACUACUUGAUGAGUUUCGAGCUCAUGGACUGCUAUCCGGGCGAUCGAUUGAUACUAUCGUCUCAAUCGCCACUGCUUCAAAGAUGCCAUAUUUGCAAGCGUGUAUCAAGGAGACUCUGCGAAUAUGUCCCCCUUUCUGCGGGCUACUCGAGAAGGUCGUACCUCACGGUGGAGAUGUGAUAGCUGAUGGCAGGAUACUGCCGGAAGGAACUCAAAUCGGACUCUCUUUCUGGGGCAUAAUGCGAGACACAGAUGUCUUUGGUGAUGACGCAGAUAUGUUCCACCCCAAACGUUGGAUUAACACCGAAAAGGAGACACUCAGGGUGAUGGAAAGGACGGCAGAAUGCGGAUUCAGCUCUGGACGCUAUACAUGCCUCGGAAAGGGCAUGGCUAUCCUACAGGUCAACAAAGUGAUUGUUGAGCUUCUUUGCCGGUUUGAGCUAUCGCUGGUAGAUCCAUUGAAUCCUUGGUUAGCUUCUCCUACGGUAUCUUCCUUCAAAGACAUUUCUGGCUGCGAGUCACUGAGCGUUGAGGGGUCUUGA